AUGCAUCUAUGUCAACAAAUUAUAAAUAUUAAUGAUAAUAAUUCAAAAUUAAAAAUUAUGCCUUUAGAUAAAGGUAAAUAUGGAUUAUUUAGAAAACAUUAUAAAAUUUUAUUAAAAAAAGAUUUUAUAGAAUCUGAUCAAUGAUUAGAUUGAUUUGUAGGUUUUUCUGAGGGUGAUGAUUGUUUAUUUACAUCAGUAAAAAACAAUAGAUGUUAUUUUAUACUAACACAAAAAGAGAUAAGUAUAUUAAAUCAUAUUAAAGACGUAUUUGAUUUUGGUAAUGUAAAAUUAUUUAAUUAUAACAAUAAAAGUGUUAAAACUAAAACAGAUAUUAUAGAUUUUGGUAGAUGAACAUGUUAUGAUAAAAAAUUAAUAGUAUUAUUAUACUUAAUUUUUAAUGGUAAUUUAUAUUUAAAAUCUAAAAAUACUGAUCUAAAUAAUUGAUAUAAUAUUCUUAUGAAUUCACCUUUAUCUAGAUUAAAAGCUGUAGGUAUUACUUCAUUAAAUUUAAUACCUAUAUUUAAUCCUAAAUUAAAUAAACCUAAAUUAUAUAAUUCUUUAUUAUCAGGUUUUAUAGAUGCUGAAGGUUGUUUUACUAUAUCAUUUUAUACUAGUGAAAAGGUAGCUGUAAGAUUUAUAUUAGAUCAAGCAGAAGAAGAAAUAUUAUUAAAUAAUAUAGGUAUAUUAUUUAGUAAUAAACCUUCAGUAUAUUUAAGAAAAACUAAAGGAAAGGAUAUUUAUAGAUAA